AUGCAAUACCCUUACCUUAUCUCUAGAACGAUAGAUCCCAUCUUCGCCAUCAGUAUAGGCGUUGCGUCCUACUACCUCCACGAAAGGAGGGUCGGAAGACCAGAAGGCAGAACCUUGAACGAGUUGGUAGCCAAGAAGUUCUUCAAGAGCCUGUAA